AUGAAACCACCUUCUCAACAACAACUCUUGGGUAUUUGUCUCCUUCUCCUCUUCGUCAUGUUGUGGAUUCUUUUAGAAGGAAACGAACUUGCAUAUCCUCAUGUUCAUGCAUCGUCAGUGCAAGCCAUUCCCUUCGUUUCGCUUAUUCACGAAGAGAAUCGUGAUCAUUCCUCUUUGAUUGAAGAAGAGACUCUUUCCUUUCCACUCUCUCAUGAAAAUAAUUUGAUGAACCAGUUGAAUCGAUUGCAAACACUCAUGAAUCGAAGAGAAAUGAUUCAUUCGUUUUCUGCUGUGAAUCGUUUGAAACAAGUGGACUACAAUGAACAAGUUCAAAUUGUGAAACAAUUGAAUGAACCUCGAAUGGUGGCCAAAACGUCAGAAAUCAUUUCAUCUUUCAAAGCUAUUGAAUGGAUUGAUGAAUAUGAACCAAGAUUCAAAAGUGCUUUGAAUUUUCAAAAAAUUCAACAACUCGCUCAACGACAACUUGGCGAGACAUUUCACACUUCCAGUAGUUCUGUUAAUAAGAAUGACAGCACGAACAAGAUUCUGAUACAUGUCAUUAUUACCAUUCUCCCAUCUCUUGAUGCCAUUCUUGUCAAUCAAGAACUCGAAGAAGCUCAUCUCAUUGCCAAUGAAUUGAAUUCCAAACUCACAGAAUGGUUUUCCCAACAACGACAACAGCAAUGGAAAACAACACCCAAAAGAAUCCUUCAAUAA